AUGAUCGAGGUGUUCAUCCACGAGGAGUACGUGAACAAGCGCCGGGAGCAGAAGAAGCAACAGCAGCCGCAGCGGCGCCGGCGGCACAUGAGGCCGCUGCAGAUAGAGAUCGACAAGCUGAAGCUGCCACCGGCAACCGCAGCAGCCCCGGGCCAGCAGAGGCCGAGGGAUCAGAACCAGCACGCCGACGUGCCGCGGUCUCCCGUCGGGUCGCCGACGGCGGAUGCGGCCACAUUCCGGGACCAUCUCUUCGACUGCCUCAAGCCGUAUUAG